CAGCCCGGAGGAGCAGAGAGGGAAGCUGAGGCGGUUCACUGGUGUUCACUUAUCUCACACAGCAGGGUGAGGAGAUACAGGAGCAUGGAGGUGACCGUAAUCAGGAAAAUAAUCAUUUUAUAACGUACUUUAGGAUUUGACAGGAUUGGAGGAUUGGAAUAAUCUCCCUCUGACUUUUUUUUUAAAAACUUUGCAUCCAGCGCUGUUGAAAAUGUGCGGUUCAGGGAUUUGGAUUAACGCAAUUUGGAUUUUACUUUUUGCCAUUUUUCAUGUUGCUCUUUCAAAUUAUUCCGAGGACCAAUGCAGCUGGAGAGGAAGUGGUUUGUCCCAGCAGCAGGGCAGCGUGGAGCAGAUCUCCCUCCACUGCUCUGAGGGCACCCUGGACUGGCUGUAUCCCAAAGGUGCCCUGCGCCUCAGCCUCUCGCCGCGCCUGCCUUCCGUGGCGGUGGGGCCCGGCGGCAGCAGCUCGGGCCUCAUCACGGCCUGCGUCAAGCCCUCAGAGCAGUUCCACGGGGCCCAGCUCUACCUGGAGAGGGACGGGGUGCUGGAGCUGCUGGUGGGGGACCGCCUGGAGUCCUCGCCCCCACCCAGGGUGCGGUGCUUCAGCCGGUUGCCCGGGGAGAGGGUGGCGCUGUUCCUGCAGGCUACACCCCACCAGGACAUCAGCAGGAGGACCGCCUCCUUUCGCUAUGAGCUGAGGGGGGACUGGACCGCUCGGCUGUCGCUGGACUCCAACACCAUCAGCAGUGAAGAAGCCUGCAGACCCUGCAACAACACAGAGAUUCUGAUGGCUGUUUGCACCAGCGACUUUGUGGUGCGUGGUAACAUCUGGUCAGUGGAGGAAGAUGAGAACCUACGGGCGGCAGUGAUCAAGGUCAGCGCCACUCGCGUGUUUCGCCAGAAGUACGCCCUGUUCACCGGCAACAGUCGCCUGACCAGCAAAGGCGAGAUCAGGACUCUAAUGCAGUGUGGCGUCAAACCGGGACGCGGCAGCUUCCUCUUCACGGGUCGCGUCCACUUCGGCGAGGCCUGGCUGGGCUGUGCUCCCCGUUACAAGGACUUCCAGCAGGCGUACACGAUAGCCAAAGCAGCCCAGCAAAUACCCUGUGAACUGCCUAUAGACUGAGUUCAACCUCAUGUUGUAGCUUGUCUAUGGCUCAGAACCAGGCUGGACUCGAAGCCAGGCCAAACUCAGCCCUGUUCCAUGUUUCGGAAGAAGCCCCAACGCGCAACCGUUGUCGACGUUGCCAUGGUGCCACCGACGGAUAUUCCCAAAGGACUGAGGAGUGAAAUGGACUUUUCCAACAUCAUUUCAGUGCAAUACACAGUCACCUGGUCCAGAAGACCAAGUGGAGCUGUGACAUGGUGGAAAAUGGAGAUUAUAAGCAUUUGGCAUCGUUUUAUGAACAGUGAUGCUGCUUCAGAGAAAGUCUUUGAAAAAGCUCUUUGAAAAAUCUCAUUUGGGAUAAAUUAAGUUAGGCCAUUAAUUCAGGCCUCUUCAGACUCAUAGCUCAGAAACUCAGGAACAUUUAGGAGAAGUUCAACAGAAAGUUUCCUGCCGUGUAGUUGAGGAUGCACCGCAGGCUGUGGUCUAAGAUUUCAAAAUGGCUGCCUUUUUACCGCAGUGUUUUUUCUGUUUGAAAAUGUCCAAUCACAGGACAGUGAUUUGGUUUUUUAUUACUUCCCCUCUAAUGGGGUCAUUCUCAGUGUUACUAUUAUUAAGGAGAUUAUUAAAAAACAGUAAAUGUUAAAAGAAUAUUUGCACUGAUUAAGGAAAGGGAAUGAUCUGGAAAGUGUGAUGCUGCAAGCACUGAAAACCAAAUAAGAGAAGCAACUUUAUGUAGCAUAGCGGAGCGAUUGAGAAUUUAAUAUAUGCACAGAUGGUGUGAGCACGUACAUUAGUGACACACAGCUGGGGCGACCUGAGCAGGUUCCACAGCUCCAUGUAGUGCUGAGAGCACUUUUCAUUUUCUGGCCAACUCAGAGAUUUUGUUUCUGAAAGGAAGAUGCAGUCUUCCCUUUGUAAGUUGUCACAUGUUUCAGCUCAGUGGCAAAAAAAUUAAAAAUAUUUCAAUAAAUCAGACUUUAUUUGGGUUCAAAUACUGAAAAUAAAUGCAGGUUGCGGGAGUCUUGCCAAAACAGGUGCAAGUUUGGAUGUUGUCAAGUCAUUCGCUGCUCUCUCCUGUCAUGUAUUGCUGGACAUUAUGGAUAUUUUAUGGGGCGUUUUCUAAGUAAAACAAGCUUUUAGAAGACAAAUCUGAUGCCAUGUGCAAGAAAGAAUUAAAAAAAUUCAGUGGAAAAAUGAAUUUCUACCCAAGGCUCCAUAUGCAUUUAUACAACUGCUCUGUUAAACAAUUUCAUUUCUGAUGUGCACUAUAUCAACACGAGGAAGAGGUUCAUACCAAAUGACCAUGAUGUGCUGAAGCGUUAUGUCUUAAGAGCGUACACUGCCAUUUUACUGUUUGUCAUUUUUGUCAUGUGAAUUUAUGUCAAUAUCAAUGUGAAUGUAAAUAUGUUCAUAAGAAAUUCUAGAAACAACGGCUGUGGAAAAAAAAGUUUGUCUUCAUAUUGUUGAUUAUUUUUAUGUUUGUCUGUGUUAUUAAAAUAUUAAGUAAG